AUCGCAAGAGGAGUGGACUUCUAGUGAAGCAGCAAACGAAAAUCUCCAGAAAAGCAAAGUGUACUAAGGAAACAGUGCUAGUGGAGUAGUAACCUGGAAGUUGGAAAUCCGCCCUGCACGUGCAUCGAAAGAAGAAAAGGGUCAUGGUACUGACGAAAUGGAUUUACGUGGCCUUCAAGGGCAAGGCUCUUGAUUCGGAGGAGCUGAUCCAAGUUUUUCGCCGAUUUGGAGAUCCAAAGGUUGGCAAAAUCGUCGGAACGCAUCACGCCUAUGUGAAGUUCGAUAAUCCGAAGGAUGCCGCCAGAGCCGUCGCAACGAUGAAUGGAUCUGUGAUUGACAGAAAAGGGCCGGUAGAGGUUACGCUUGCCAACCCGGGGCGGGACACGGAAUGGAAGGCGUCCGAUACAAAGUACGACACCAUUGUAGAUUCCAGCGUGGUACCGCGGAUAACGCCACCGAUUCCUAAAGUAAAUUCGAUUAAUUCAAACGAGCUUCAAGAAAUCUUCGAGCCGAUUACCGAGGAUAUGGUACGGAAGACUCAUCCGUUCGAAAUGAAGGAUAUGCUUGCUACUCGCCUGCGGCCAGUUGUUGCCUUCAUGUGUCCGGAACUGGGAGAUAAAUUGACCGGAAUGAUUGUCGAACUCGACAGCGGCGUCGUGCUGAGUCUGCUAAAGGAUAUGAAUGCUCUGAAGGAUAAAGUGCAGCAGGCUGCGAAGGUGUUGAGCGAUUUUCGCGAGCGUAAACGAGUGGCGAUCGCUGAGUGAUCGGUACUGGCUUUCGAGCAUUUCACGAUCUGUUUUUUGACUCAGUUUACUGACCCAAUCAAACUAUAAUGUAUUCGUAGAAACAUUUCCCGGUUUUCGGUUCCCCGUUUUAUGGGGUAAGAAUUAGAAUUCAAUAUAGGAUUGACAACGAUCAAAGAAACGCGUAUCUUAGAACGAGAAAGAAGACCUAAGAAGACUAGCCUAUGAAACAAUAAUUGUGUUGAAAUCAAAAUUUAAUUUUUUAUUGCUAACUACGCCGUAGAAAUUGGCGGCCUAUUGCGAUUGUGACGCUAAUAAAUCCUGGAACGUACAAUA